AUGAAUCCUGCGACCAAAGUCAGCACAGUGCUCAUCGUGACCUUGUCUUUUCUCUGCUUGGUAGAGGGUCUGACCUGUAAUGUCUGUGACUUGGCAGACAAAGCAAGAUGUAAAAAAGGCAAAAGCAGAUGUACUGCACAGCGUGGUCAGUCAUGUGCUUCCAUAUCAACAUAUAUAGGAUCAAAGCAUGUGUCCUCCAAGCAACUUUGCAUGCCUAACUGUGUGGAAAAUAACUACAAAGAGAAAGGGAAAUCUAUUUUUGUGAUGUGCUGUGAAAGAAACUUGUGUAACAGUUUCUAGAUGGAGAAGAGUCUCUUGAAGAAGAUCAUCUUCUGUACAAGAUCCAAAAUUACAUACCAAGAAAUAUGAGGAAUGUGUUUUCUUACACUGUUUCCACACUGGCCUGAGAUCCCUGAGAUAGCAACAGGAGCUGUGUCUUCAUUUCAGUGAAGGGCUCCUUGACUGGACCAUUAGACCCUUACAUUCAUGACCAUUGCCAAAUGUUCCUGUACCUAACAUGUGAUUUUACUCAUCCAGUUUGCAGUCUCUAGCCCUGCAAUAGUCUCCCAAAGGUUUUUAUUUUGUUAUCUGGAAUCUGUGAAUGCUGCUGUAGAUGGCAAAAGAGACAUAGCAAAUGUGGGUAAGGAUCUUAUUAAUGGAAGGUUAUUUUUUGGAUUGUCAGGGUAGGUCCUAAUUGCAAGUACAAAUGUCCAUAUAAGAUGAGGGGUGAAUUGACUAUAGAAGAGGAAAUGAUUGUAUGGUGGUAGAAGCAGUAAUUGGAGUGAUGUCCCUUGAAGAUGGAUCAAA